AGUCGGCAGGCAAAGCCAACAAGAGCUGGUUCCUUUUAUCGGUGAAAAGGAAACAGCUCUCUCUCUCUCUCUCUCUCUCUCUCUCGGAAUUGCUACGAAGAGCUGUUCUUGUUUCUUUAACAAUGGAAGGUAUGAUUCCUUCUCGCUCUAAUCGCAAGCGUCCUUUCUUGGAAGGCGAAGAUGAGGACGACGACUCCAACAAACCCCCCAAGCAGAAGAAAAUUCGAUUUCCCAAGGGUAAGAAGGUGAAGCCAGGGGACGAAGCAAUAGUGAGUAGAGCCAAAGUUGAAGAUAUUCCGACCGAUACGAAAGAUCCCCGUUUGGCUGCGCAGGAGCGUGCAAAGCGUCGUAAUCUUAUCACUGCUGAACUCUUUAGCGAAGAACUCAAUGAGGCUUCUGCAGCUGAAGUCACUUAUGAGGAUAAUGAAAAUUUUGUUGAAGAUGGGAUUCAAAUAGAACCAUUCAAUCUUGACCAAGAAAGGGAAGAAGGCUACUUUGAUGUAGAUGGAAAUUUUGUUGAGUAUGUCAAUGAGAAUGAACACAAGGAUGCAUGGCUUGAUAGUGUUGAAGUUGAUCCAAGAUUUGCUGGCAAAAGCUCUAUGGUAACAACAAUAGAAGAUGAUAAUAAAAAUGAUUCAAGCGAACUUUCAUCUGAAGACAUUGGAAUAAUAAAGAGGCGUAUUGCCAACUUUCUUGAACCAGGGGAAACGGUGUUACAAGCUUUGAGAAGGUUGAAGGGUGGUUCAAAUAAGAGGAAAGAGAAGAUGUCAGCUGAGACACAGCUUCUAUUUGACCAGCUGACUGAAGAUGCAAACAAGUUGUUGGAUCAUGGCGAAUACAAUGUCUAUCAUGACAAGCAAGAGGUGUUCGACCGGGAGGCAGAAGGAUAUGAGAAGUUAGCUCUGGCUAGGGAGAAGAGCGCAUAUCCGAGUGCAGGCCAGGAAAUUUCUUACAGCGUGGGAAAGGACUUGUCCUCUGAUAUAACAGAUCAUGGAGCAGGCUCCUCGAUAUUGUCCAAUGCUGAUGUGGGUGGUUCAAACACAAAUGUAUCUGCUGGACAUACCUCACACAAUGAUGCUGAUGCAUACGACAUGUUUGCAGACGAUGAUGAUAAUGCUACUGCUGGACCAUCCUCCAACAGUAGUAAUUUGGUUUCUGGCCCUAGUUCUAAUGGAGUUAGUCAACCACUUUCAGAUGGCCAGAUCUCUGGUUCUGAAACUGGAGAUUUGCAAGAUGAUUAUGUUUAUGAUGAGGCAUCUGGGUACUACUAUAGCAGCAGUUCAGGUUACUAUUAUGACCCAUCUACAGGAUUGUACUGUUAUGCAACAUCAGGGAAAUGGUACUCAUUCAAUGAGGAGACUGGCACAUAUGAUGAAAUCCAAGAAGUUUCCUCAACUGCAAACUAAAGGAAUCAGUUUUUUUGCUCGCUUGUGGAAUUUGUACAGUCUACCAAGGGAGAGAGUUGUAAUAUGAGAAACUGGAUAUAUAAGAACGAUUUGAUAAAGGUGCCUUUCUUGCACUUGAAUAACUAACCCUUGCAUUGUAAUUCCCUGCUGAAGAUGAGCUAAACUUUUAGCAAUGUGAAAACUUUAAGAUAGUUUUAAUUUUUAUGUUACUUCCAGGAGUUUGUUCUGUCA